UUCAUACGCGUUGUUGAAUUUCAUAAUUUAGAUAUAUUAAAACUAAUUUACGAAAAGAGUGAUUCGUGAUUAUAUUAGAGGUUAAGAAAUUAAGAAUCCAUUUUACAAGAAUUCAAAAACAACGCCAUCAAAUAGCAAGAAUUAUAGAUUAAUCAUAUCCGAUGAGUUGUUGAUAUUCAUUAGAAUACAUGAUACAGUAAAUGAAUUGACUCAAUGGAGGCGCCUGGUAGUAAUACUACCUGGACAAUAUAAUAAAUCCAGCCACCAUUCAGUCGUAAACGACAGUCGGAUGACGAAUAUCUACAAAAAUUAGUUAGUCCCGUACGUGGGACAGAGGCCACACCCAUCAGUUUCAUGUACGAUGAACAAUAGAUUGUUGCAGAUGUUAAAUAAUAAAAUUAAGAAUCCAUUUUACAAGAAUUCAGAAACAACCCCAUCAAAUAGCAAGAAUAAUAGAUUAAUCAUAUCCGAUGAGUUAUUGAAAUUCAUUAGAACACAUCAUACAGUAAAUGAAUUGACUCAAUGGAGGCUCCUUUUAGUAAAACUACCUGGAAAAAUAAAUGAAUCCAACCAUCAUUCAGUCGUAAACGACAGUCGGAUGAUGAAUAUCUACAAAAAUCAGUUAGUCCCCUAUGUGGGACCGAGGCCACACGCAUCAGUCUUAUGUAGGAUGAACAAUAGAUUGUUGCAAAAUUUAAAUAAUGAAAUUAAGAAUCCAUUUUACCAGAAUUCAACAACAUCUUUAUCAAAUGGGAAUACAAAUCAAAUGAACAUUGGACCGACUAAAGACUCGGAAGAGAACUCCGUGUUCAAUCAAUCAUUGGUAUUCUCUGAGAAUUCGAGUAGCUCAUCACAAACGAUUUCAAUAUUAGGUACCCUAAAAGACAUUUUUGAGGAAAGGAUGAACUCAGGACAAUCGAUUUUAAUUAAGACUACGAUCAACUCUUACAAAACAAAUUCAUUUGAAUUGACUGAAACGUCUACCAUAUUAAAAGUAAAGCUCUGUAUGUUUUAAUGUUUGAUAUUUUAGCAACUUAAAUUUUAUAUUAUUUGUGUCCUUUGGUUUUUAAAUGAUUGUGUACAAUAUUGAAGUUUUUAUUUCAUAAUGAAUUUUGUGUAAUUAAGUCAUUGAUGAGCACUGUUACUUCAAUAAAUUUCGAGGCAUCAACAGAAGAAUUGAUAUCCAACAUUACGACUGUUGAUCAUUUAGAAUAUACAAUUAAAUUACUCUUUGAAAUGGUAGGUAUUUUAAAUGUUGUCAGAUCAACAUAUUACGGUUGACUUUUUGAAUUUAACUAAAAAAUAAAUACAUUUAUAUUUGUCAGGUGUUUUCCAAGCCUGAAUCGAUUGCCGUUUAUUUAUUUAUUUGUUCUAAAAUGCAAAAUAUUGCGAUAAGAUACGAUAGAAAAUCUAAGACUGCCUCCUUCAAAAGACAAUUAUUGAAUAAAUGCAACGAUCUAUUACACUCAGAAUCGUGUUACACAUUUUUUGCACAAUCGUGUUGCACCGAAUUUUGUUCAACUGUUAUGUACACGAAAACGCUUGAAUCAAUGCUUAAUGCAUACUGCUCGUGAAAUAAAUAUUUAAAUAAUCCAAGUUGAGGAAACAAAAUUGUGC